GUGUUUGAGAGGGUUUAAAAAGCAAGGACAUGUGGGUUACGAGUGGGGUAGUGGGUCCAUGCAUGCUAACACAUAUCAGGUUCACUGGAUAUGGUCUUCUCCUCUUCUGGCUAGCUUCGCUUCUUUCAGGCAGAAGAAGGGUGAAAAAAGGUGGGCAAGGGAGAGUGAACUGAAAACUGAAAGGAAUCAGCUCAGUGAAUUCAGCAGAGUAACUAUUACUGUUUUAAGGUUUUUUUUGGCCCAUGAAACCCACCAAUCAAGAAAGGAGUAGGAGGGGCAGUACUCUGUACAGUUCCUUUCCCCACUGUGGACUGACUUCCAUUAUAACGCGUGUGGCGUUGGCUGCCAUGCGUGGAUCCACCUAUCAGAAUUUGGUGUGGGAGGUUGGCGGAAUGGAAGUCAGCUUAUUUACCACUCUGCCACCCACGCUGGUGCAAGAAAUCUAGCGGGAGUCGGCUGUUCUUGGAAGUUUGCGACACGCGUCGAGUGAGCAGACUGGUGCGUUGCAUGCAAAGGUAUCGAGAGUCGAGUUUGUUGUCCUCUAUCUUCUGUGGAAGGUUUUGAGAUAUUUUUCUUUGUUUUGUUUUUUAAGCGUUCUUGUUUAUUUUAUGUUGCCUGUUUCCUACUGGCAGAGGUGAUGGUAAAAACGUGGGAGUUGGAGAUGUUGUUGGGAAUCGUGCUGAUGGCUGCUGCUGUUUCUGUUUUUGCCUAUCAGUGCCGGAGGAUGAGCGGUGCUUUUGCUGUCUACCUACCACGUCAUCAAAAUGGCUGCCAGCGAAUAGCUCUUCUCCUUCAGUUUUUGUUCCUGCUUUUACUGAAGCAGGGCGAAAUCAUCCCCCUUGCUGCUCGUCUUAAGUUUGAGUACUGGGGAUAUUAUGGAAUUGGCAAUCCUCAAGGAGGAGGUGGGUUUGAGGAGAGAGUUGUUGAAGAACCGUAGGGAGAGUUCAUACUGGAAGGUGGUAACAUAUGUAGGUUGGUAAGUGGUAACCAUGUGUACCUGUCCGAUUUAGUUAUCUGAUUAAUUGUCGUGGGGGAGUAGCUAACUAGCCUAGGGAAUGGACUAAUGGCCUAAUGCGUUAGUAGAGACAAUUUUGAUGAAAGUAAGAUAUUUGUGUCCGAAUUUUGAAAUAAAAGAUAGAUUUGAUCCGAAAUUUAAGCUGACAAGUAAUAUUGACAGUCAAACAUUUUUUCGUCUAUGAUAUGUUGACGUGGUUGUGACACGACUUCACGUCAUUUAUUUAUAAAAAAAUGGAUAAUAUCCUAUUUUGAUAUGAAUUUUAAUAAAAAGACAUUUUUGGAUAGAGUUUCAGAUAAUGUAGUUUUGUUCGAAUUUUGAAAGAAAUGUACUUGAAAAAUACGUGAAUUCUUUAGAAAAAAAGUUUGAAUAAGACCACAAAAUAGAACCUUAACUUUUCCCUAUCUUUUCUUUUUUACUUGCAUAAAUCAUAAACAAAAAGUAAAAAAAAAAGAAAUUGGACCGGUUAUUUGAAAUUCCAGAUCGAAAUUGGCCUUGAGGUCAAAGUUCAAGAUAAAAUAGGUUACUAUCCCUGUGACAUGGAAGUCAUGUUGCAGCCACCUCAGCAUUAUAUGCUAAGUCAUAAGAAGAAAUGUUUAACUGUCAAUAUUAACAAUCAACCUAAAUUGUGGGCUAAAUUUAUUUAUUACUUUAAAAUUUGGACAAAACUGUCUUAUUUCAACGUUCACGUCAAAAUUGGCUAGCUCGGCCCGAAAAGAGAAAUGAGAUAGAGCCCAGAUUUCUUUAGGGGUGGGUAACGGGACGGGAAUGGGUACCCGCCCCGUUUGAAACGGGUACCCAUUUCCAUUUGGAGAGGAAAUUCUAUCCCAUGUCUCAAACCCGUAAGGGUUAACUGGUACCCAUUACCCUUACGGGACAGAUAACGAGUACCCACAAGUACCCAUAUUAAUCACAAAUUAUAAGAUCGAGAAUUCGUAUGUACCAUGAGGAUUGCUUGGAGCGGGUGGCGCUGUAAAUGUGCAAAGAAAUGGAAUGGUUUUAACGUGAGAAUGAGUCCUCGUGGGAGAAUGAUGAAAAGCAAUUAGUUCUGCUUGUAUAGAAGAUAAUGUCUUACUGUUGUAUUAUUAGCUUUGUGAUUAUAUACAUCAUUGAGAGACUAACAACUACUGCUAAACCACGUAGCUAUAUCAAAAGUAGGGUGGGCAACGGGACGGGAGCGAGUACCUGCUCCGUUUGAAACAAGUAACAAUUCUCAUUUGGAGAGAAAACUACUUCCCAUGUCCCAAACCCGUACGGGUUAACGGGUACCCAUUACUCGUACGGGACGGAUAACGUGUACCUGCGGGUAACCCAUAUUAGCGGUUGUUGUGCUAACAAUUAGUACAAGGAAGAAAAGGAGAAAUGGGAAAUUGCUUGGUAGCCAAGUCGUAUGGUAGGACAUUGAUAAGAUACACGAGAUGAAAUAUUAUGAUUCAUUCCCUUAAUUAAUUAAUUUCUACAACCCUGACAAUCAACUGAUCCUAGUUUGAUUAUGUGUUUCCAGACCUGCAACGUACACAGCAUAUAGUUAUGUAACUUUGUUAACAUUUUGUGUUGGUGGCCGACUCCUACUUCUCGCCGGAAUUUUCAUCCUUAAAUAUAACAUCAUCUUAUUA